AUGGACUGCACGCCGCCCGCCCCGAGCGAGCGCGGGAACUCACGACGGGCGUCGACGGUCCCAUCGGCGUUCGCGAGCGCGGUCGCGGGCAAGAUCGCGCUUGGGCCGCGGCGCAACUCCGCGCCCGCGCGGCGGCAGAGCGCGCAGCUGCAGCUGCAACGGCGGCGCGAGAGCGUGCUCGAGGGGGUUCCGGAGGACGCGGCUGCCCAACCAGAACAAGGACACGGACGGGAAGUGGACGAGCACGGGCUGCCCACGUACGCGAGCGCGGCGUUCCCCAGCGGGACGGCGUCGUACCGGUUCGCGCAGGCCGGGCCGUUCGCGAUGACGCUCUCGUCGCCCUCACAGGCACGGGGGGCGGGGGAGGAGGCGGCGGCGGGGCUCGGGAGGUACUGUAUCAGCGUGGGGGUGAACGUGUGGGCGCCGCGGUGUUGCGUAGUGACGGUGAGGAGGGGGCUGACGGAGGACGGGCCGCAGGUCGCGUCGAUCGAGUUCGGAUCUGCGUCGGUGUCGAUGGGUUCGUCGUUGACGAUGGGCGAGACCGGGAGGCCGUUGAAAGACGUCGUCUCGAAGAAUCUGGUCAACGGAGCUCGUGUGUACCGCGUCGGGGACGGAUCUACCAUUGAAUGGAAACAGAGCAAGCGCCAAUGGAAGGCCAUGAUGAAGGGAAAUGAGCUGGCCAUCUUCUACCUCGACGCGCCGCGGUCGAUGUCGCUCCAGCCGUUGGGCCACAAGUAUUUCGACCACCUCGUAGUCGGGACCCUGGUGCUGAUGCGCGAGCAAGACGACGCGGUGUACUCCCGCCCAGACUACGGCGCCAUGCAGAUGCACGCGAUGUACUGA